AUGAAUCGGGGGUGGUACGAUCAGCUCAUGAAGAAAGGUAAUGUGAGGACAGGGAUAAACCUCACUCGCAUGAUUGCACAGCUGAAAACAGACUGGACAAAUCGUGUUUUCUCGGUUUGGGAUCUUUUUCAGCAGCGCCACGAAAGAGCGCUGCGGAGAAGCUACAUGGAACGUGCAUGCAGACAGGAGCUUGCCGUGUGGCUGUCUGGUCUGGACCGAGAAGUUCGAGCUGAGCUAUUCAAACAUCCUGUGCCCUUUGAUUCCAUAAACACCACCUGGUAUUGUUUUGACCUACUAGCUUGCGAAGACUGGCUUGCAUUCUGCUGGCUCCGCACACCGUCUUUUUUUGUUCAUUGCGGGUGGGCUCGAGGCUCCCAUCUCCUUUCUCUAGUUAUCCUUGAAACCUACAACUGCACGUUGGAACGCCUGCAUAUUUGUGUGCACGGGGCCGCUAUCUCCAUAUCGCUCUUAUUCCUCGGUACCAUUCCUCGAUACCAUUCCUCCGCCUCAAAGACGAUAGCGACCUUCGAAGCACUAAAUUCCAAAUCUCAGAAGUGCACCCUGAGACCUCCUAAGCGGCAACUACACAACACACCUUCUCGCAACCUAAAACGGCUUCGCAACAGUCCUAGGAUACCUUUCGUUUCUCCUUAUAAUAAAAACACCCUCAACAUUCCAACUCUCCAAUUUUCAAAUUACCACUCAGCGCUCACAACAAUGACCCGCCACCACCAUCCCUCCUUCGACCAGUCUCCCCGCCUAAUACCGCGUCCACUUCCCCUCCGCAUCUUCUCACUCCUCUCCCUCCUCCUCCCUCCCACCCUCUAUUUAAUCUCUAUGUCCCUAACCCUGGCCACUCAAUACACCCCCAACUACUCCCUCACUUCCCUCCAAAACUCUACCGGCUUACCUUCCGGCAUCGUCCUCUCUUCCUCGCCAUUCUACGUCUGCGAUAGACUACCUUCCGAAGGGAUCGACUCCACAGCAGCCGGAGAUUUUGUGUGGGGGUGUAGGAGAGAGAGUUUGUUAGGUAAGGGCGGGAUGGGAAGGUGUUUUGCGAGGUUUAAACCGGGAUUGGAUGAUCGGCAGAUUUGCCAAAAAGUGGUAGGGAGUGCGCGGUUGUAUGUUGCGGGGUGCGUAGUGGUUGGGAUAACUGUGUUAGGGGGUGUUGGGGUUGCGGCGAUGGGGUUCAAGAGAGCUUGGGCGUUGGAGGAGACGGUGGGAGGCUAUGAGUAUGUGGCGGUUGAGGAGCAGAAGGCUGAAGGUGGGGAUGGAGAGCAGGGUGAUGUUGGUACUGCGGUGACUUUAGAAACUCAUAACCACGCCCACUCUCGGCCACGGGAUCGGAGAGUAUACACGCCAUAUUCUACAAAGAAUAUUUGGACUAGCAUACUAUUUACUUCGACUACUCUACUCGCGAUUCUGGCAACGGGGUGUUUAAUAUUCGCGCAGAUACUAGGUGUGCAGAGUCUGGUCAAUGAGCAGCAUCCCACGGCUGGCGAGACUCCAGGAGACUUCGCAAUUGGACGUUGGUAUAUGGGGACGCCAGCGCUAGUGUGGAGUACGGUAGCUUGGUUGAGUGCCGGGAUCGGGGUGUUUGUAGGGGUUGCAGGGAGGGUUGGUGGCUGUACAGCUGAAACGGAAACUUGA